AGAGGAUUGAUGUUUAUCAGUUAUUUUUGAAUCGAAAGCUCUGUAGCUCACAAUGUGGAAGCAACUACUAGUGGCUGCGUGCGCAUGCGCAUUGAUUUGCGCAGAGGCCCGCCCAAAGAGACACGGUGAUGGAAGCAGCAAUGGUAGUGGCGAGAGCAAAGCUAAUAAAUCACACAACCUGGAGCGACUUUGCAAAAUGUUGAAAAGGGAAACAGAUGCCGGGUCCACUAUGCAGAAGGAUAAACUCAUUUUGCUCUUUGCUGCUUGCGAAUCGCUAAAGGCUCUUGAGCAUGUCGACAUUGAUGAUAUUCUAGAGCAAUUUGAUGUGCUUGAACAAGAUCUGGAUCACUUGGGAUCAAACUCACAUUCAGGGAGUGAGAGAGAAGAUGAAAACAAAGCAAAUGAAGACCCUGCUCCUGGAAGUGAUGGUUAUGACCCACCUAAAGAGGAAUUAACUGCAGUAGAAUCUGACAGUCUGCCUCAAGGAGAUGACGAUGAUGCUCCGUCAAAAGAAGAUAUUGCAAAAGAAAACGACGGCAUUGUGGAUGAUGGUAAUACUCCGUCGAAAGAAGAAACUGUGGAGGAAAAAAACGGUCAAGCUUUAGGAGAUGAAAGUGAUGUUCCGUCAAAUGAGGAAACUGAUGUAAAUGGAGAUGUAAGUGACGCUCUGCCCAAAGAAACAACUGAAGAAGAUGAUGGGGCAGUUUCAGGAGAUGAUAGUGUUGCUCUACUCAAAGAGGAACCUGCAACAGAAUUUGGCAGUGAGGCUUUGGUUGAUAAUGAUGCUCCACCAAAAGAAGAAAUUGCAGACGAUGGCAAAGAAGACAGUGCAGAAGACGACGUCGCAGUUCAAGACUCGCGACCACCAUGCGAAGGAGAUGACUGCCCACCACAACUAUGUGAGGGAGAUGACUGCAAGCCACCACCAUGCGAGGGAGAUGACUGCCCACCAGUAACAUGUGACGGAGAUGAUUGCCAACCACUACCAUGCGAGGGAGAUGACUGCUCACCACCAGCAUGUGAAGGAGAUGACUGCCGACCAGAAUUAUGUGAAGGAGAUGACUGCCAAUCGCCCGAUCUUUCUAAGAAGCAGGAAAUAGAGCCUUAUUCAAUGGACGAAAGUGGCGACGGCAAUGCAUCCGAAAAAAGUUCUGAAGAAGAGAUGGAGCCUUAUUCAAUGAACGAAAGUGGCGACUUAAAUGCACCCGAGAAAAGUUCUGAAGAAGUAGAACCUUAUUCAAUGAAUGAAAGUGACAACCUGAAUGCACCCGAGGAAAGUUUUGAAAAUAAUGAUGGCAAGGAACCGCUCACCAAAAUGUUAAAACAUUUAUUUGGGAUAUGUCAUGAGCUGAAGUUGCUGCCUCUCGACACUACAAAGAGACAAGAUGAUGGUAUUCUGACACAGAUUACUACUGAGCUCGAGGGAGCAUGUACUCUCCUGCAAACUCUCAUAGGAAACAUCGAAGCUACCACUAUUUAGAGAUAUGCUAAGAACAUCGCACAUAUAUAUGAUGACUUCAAAAACAUAUAAACUUUUCGAAAAAGCAUGCAAUACAGAUAUACAAAUGAUAUAUCGUAUACUAUCGAUGAACGAGGCUUAGAAUCUUUCCUUACAAAUAACCACUGUGAUCAGAAAUGUAAAAUCACAAUUGGAUGUAGAGCAGAGCAAAAUGGUCGGAUUUAUAUGAUACGUAUCAUUCAUUUUGCCAUAGAAU